UUUAUGACAAAAGUAUCGAUGCCAAAUGCGACCGUUUGAUAAACGUUCGGCCGUUCGCAACCUGCGUUAAUAUGACUCUAACAGAUAUUUUAGAUUCAUACCGCGAUGUUAAAGCUGUCAAGGUACAAUAUAACAUAGAAGAUCUACAAUCUCAAACUGGUAAAUUCACGAUACUGGACGCGUUGAAUUUUCUAUUCCAACACUAUAUUACCCAAGAUAGCGAAUCGGACGUCGAAGAACUUCGACUUGAUACAGAUCCAAACCACGCAAUACGCCUCGUGAACCAAUGUGGAGCCGCCAACUCGAAUCCGCUACUUGCACGAAAUUUCCAUAAAGGAAUUGAUUACGCACUACCACCGUCCGUACUGCGAUCCUUGAUAGCUUCUACGACAAAAGCUCUCCGAAAAUAAUGGAAUCAAGUAAUUGGUGUCUUACGGUCUACGACCCAUCAGGCCCUCACCCUUGUCCAAUAUUCAGAAGCACAUAUCAGUCGGCUGGCGUUGACAUCGGGGCAUGCGUGACCAUCAAUUGUGGAAAGGACAGAGUUCAUCUCGUACCGACCAACCUGAAAAUAAUAGGACUCGAUAAAAAUCAAGCUGCCAUGAUUUUUCCCAAAAGUUCCGGUGUAGACGAAUUCGAUAUUAUAACCGGCGUUAUAGAUGCAGACUACGAUGGUGCCAUCUCAAUACGGAUACGAGCCUACAAAGACGUGACGAUCAAAGCCGGAAUCCCCAUUGCCCAAAUUGUCGUCCUCAACUACGAUAACCCCUACGUGGGACUUUUGAAGAGAGGAAAGCGUGGAUUGGGACAAGCAACAGCAAAUGUUCUCGCUAGCGGAAUACAAUAAUGUAUAAAAUAUACCAACCAUCUAUUUUAUGAAGAACACACAAAGAUGUGGCCGUGUGACAAAUUUUUGUUUUGGGCCUUUGCCUUCUAUCUCUUGAUUUCAACCUCCGUUACAAUUACAUCGAUGGUGUUGCAAGAUCAAGAUUUUGUUAGAAUAAUGGUAAUUGUCAGCGGUGUGACCAUCAACUUGGGAACACUUAUCCAGGUGGUAACAAUGUGGCUCAAAAGAGACAUCAACCUGUCACAUCUUUAUAUUACGGGCUUGGUUAUCGGAUGUUGUCAACUUCUCUCUCUUCAAGUCUUUAUUCUGGUAAAUUCUCCUGAUGGAGACACAAUGACCAGCACCGUAAUUUCCACAGCGUGUAGUCUUGCGUGCGCAGCAUUGCUGUUAUUGACGUUAACAUGUCAAAGACGAAAGGGAAGAAAAGAAAAAUGUCUCAUUUUCGUGGAGGGAACGAGUGGUAUAGGCAAGACGACGGUAUCCGAUGCCAGCAUAGACUUCACCAGAAUGUGUCAAAUAUUCCCCGCGUAUAAAGACAAGGAAUCCAGUACGGCGUUUGCCAGCGCAUAUACUCUAGAUACGAUGCUACUACUAAUCGAAUACGCCGUUAAAUUAGGCAAAAGAUCACAUCAUGUUGUCAUGGACAGAAGUCCGCUGUCUCAAAUCUUGUACGGGCUAUUAUUUUCUUGUGAUGGUGGAAAUGCGAGCCCCGGAAAAUUCAUGGCUGACUUCACCGAAAAAUUCGAUGUACUCGCACCUCGUCUGAUAAAGGUCUACAAAAAUAUGAUAAGCUCAUUCAAUGAACUAGGAUACGACUCUGUCCGCAUCGUGUGGGCAAUUGCUGCUGAUGUUGAAAACACGGUGCGCGUGUUAACCAAGCGCAACGGAUUUGAAGUAGGUCUGAACUGCCGCAACUAUGUAAUUAAUCAGAAUUACGCUUUUAAGAAAAUGGCACAUCUCUUAGAUAAUGAGUUACUUCAAUGCCACACGUUUAUAACAAGACGUCAACUAUUUAGACGCGAACUUUUAAGUGAUAUAUUAAAUGGUGAUGUAUUUUGAAGAUCAAAGAUGGAUACAGUUUUUCUCUCAACUCGUGAGUUUGAAGAUCAAAGAUGGCUACAGUUUUCUCUAAUUUUU